AUGAUAGAAAUACAGAACGAAAGAAAGAAUGAAAGGAAAAACGAACGUACACUGGGUCCCAUACAUGGUAUGACCAUACCCACUCAAGGUUCAGACACGCCCACACUUGGUCCUGUCUCUGGUAUGACCAUAUCCACUCAAGGUUCAGGCACGCCCACACUGGGUCCAGUUUCUGGUAUGACCAUAUCCACUCAAGGUUCAAGCGCGCCCACACUGGGUCCAGUUUCUGGUAUGACCAUAUCCACUCAAGGUUCAGGCACGCCCACACUGGGUCCAGUUUCUGGUAUGACCAUAUCCACUCAAGGUUCAAGCACGCCCACACUGGGUCCAGUUUCUGGUAUGACCAUAUCCACUCAAGGUUCAGGCACGCUCACACUGGGUCCGGUCUCUGGUAUGACUAUACCCACUCAUGGUUCAGGCACACCCACAUUGGGUCCGGUCUCUAGUAUGACUAUACCCACUCAAGGUUCAGGCACGCUCACACUGGGUCCGGUCUCUGGCAUGACCAUACUCACUCAUGGUUCAGACACGCCCACAUUGGGUCCGGUCUCUAGUAUGACUAUACCCACUCAAGGUUCAGGCACGCUCACACUGGGUCCGUUCUCGGUAUUGGCCGAUCUCAAUAAUGUAGCGUUGAACAAACCUGCCUCCCAGAAUUCUCACUAUGAAUACAACAAAACACCUCCAUCAAAUGGUGUUGACGGGAAUUACCCUGAUAACGUGUAUGACGUGACAAUGUGUAUACUCACUGAUGUGUUUCAAGAUAACUCUUGGUGGGAAGUGGAUCUGGGAAAACCACAUUACAUAUACGACGUGACUGUACACUUCAGGAUGGAUUACCCAUAUCGCAGGAAUGGUGUUCAUGUGUACAGUUCUUUAUACCGGAACCAGAUUAACACGGGUCAUCUGUGUGGUGCAGCCACGGUAAAUAGCCCGAAUGUAACACGUAUUACCUGCGACACCACGGUUCAGUACAUCACACUGUACCAGGGGACAGACAACACUGACUUAGAUACAAAAUAUCAAUCCGCUGGAACGGCAAUGGAUUUUUGUGAAGUGGAAGUGUUCAUUUGUGACGCUGGUACGUUUGGAGGUAACUGCACCGAGUUCUGCCACUGUCAAGGUCAACCGUGUAACUAUGUAACUGGAGAAUGCGUGGGUGGAUGUAAACAAAACUGGACUGGAACCCAAUGUAGUGUGUGUGAUUCUGACCACUAUGGUUCACUGUGCAAUGCUAGUUGUUCCAACAGACACUGUGAUCAGACUAACGGAAUAUCCAGGUGUGACAACACAGAUGGACAGUGUAACAAUGGAUGUGAAACAGGUUGGACUGGAACAUCUUGUACACAGAAAUGCCCAGUUGAUCGAUAUGGUCAUGGAUGCAACCAGCUCUGCAGUGAAAGACAUUGUCUUGGAGAGACCUCAUGUAAUCACGUAACUGGAGAGUGUGAUCAUGGCUGCGAUCGUGGAUACAUAUUAUCAGAUUGUACUAAGGCAUGUCCUCCUGGUACGUUUGGAUCUGGGUGUACGUUAAGAUGUCGUGAACGACACUGUGAUGAAGACAGUACAACAUGUGAUGCUCAAAGUGGAACAUGUAAAAAUGGCUGUACGCCAGGAUGGAAGAAACCAAGUUGUAUGGAACCAUGUGACACUGGUCUGUAUGGCGCCAAUUGUGGGUUUACCUGCACAAGAAGACACUGUCUGAAUAAAGCCGCGAGCUGUAAUCACGUGACUGGUUCGUGUGGAGGAGAGUGUGAACAAUCGUGGAUGGGAGUCGACUGUACUGAGAUCAGUCAGAAGGACAGUGGAUCGACUAAUGUUCCAAUGGCCGCAGCGUUAGGAAUAGUCUCCAUCAUGCUGGUUGCAGUUUCUGGGGCCUUCUUCUGGUAUGUUAGACGUCACAGGCCACCGUUAAGAUCUGCAGCUAAAGAAAACAUUGAUGUAGCAAAUGAAGAUGGCAGACACUAUGAAAUCGUGGACAGACAGACUGGUCAAGAACGAGACAUGGCAAGAAAUGAUGUUCCACAGCGCCCCCUAGGUGACAUUCAUCAGAGUGGUAACGUCAAUGCAGGACAAGAUAUUCAGCUGAACGAAUAUGAACAUCUUGAUCCAUUACAAUCACCACAGAAUGUCUACGAUAAAAUAACUGGAAUGUAAAGACAUUCGCCACACCGACAACUGAAGGAUAACUAAUUCGAGGAGAACAUAUUAUUACAUAAUUUUGUUUUAAUUGAUAGUUGUUGAAAUGCUUUGUUCCUUAUGACAUUUUUGUUGUUGUUCACAAACAAAAGACGUUUGCUUUGUACAAAAAAAUAUCUUUAAAAUUACAAAGUCAAACACUGUUGUAUCAGAAAUUUCUAAACACACACUCUCUUCCAGUAAUAAACUUUUUUCUCCAGUUAAGACAUUUGUAUCGACAUAGAUGUUUCUUAGAUGGAAACAUUUCAUAUAUGUAACAGCAGUAGCUGCUGUCAUAUGACAUGGGUUCAUUCAUAAUAAUAGGUUUAUGAACAUAUAUGAUUAAUUUAAAAUGGGGAAUCUCGACAACACCAAACCUCCCUAGUCAUGUUUCUUCGUCAUCUUCUCUGUAAGAUAGAAUGUAUUGUUCUCUUUGAAGAACCAUUUCCAGGUAGUACUAACUCCGUUCAUAAUGCUCACUUUGUGAUCCCCAUCACAAAUUUUAAACAAAAGUUCAUCAUUAUACAUGUGUUCAAGACCUCACCAGUCACAACUUGGAUUGUGGUUAAUUUGCGGUGCAGUAUCUUUUAUUGAGUAUAUACCUUUAUUUUUGACGAGGUGAAAUUGGAACUGACUAUUGUCUUGGAAGUAGCUCACAGUAUGAACAAGGGUGAAAGGAACAAUCCUCAGUGUGUAGUCAUUUGAAAUAUAUAUUCAGCAAAUACAAUAAUUUUAAAUUAUUAAAAUUGAAAUUUAUUUAUGUUCUUACUAAGAAUAUAAAUAUCUCUAACACCAAUGCAUUUCUGAUAUCAUAAUCCGUUGUAGCACAUGUAUCUCAAUAGAAAUUUUUAUCUAAAAUAAUUUUGUACAUAAGUGUAUUAUGUCUUGCAAAAAGUCUAUACAAAAUAUGACAUAAUUCAGUCAAAGGUAAAACCAAAUGUGUUUAUCAAUACAAUGCUUUAAAUUUCUAACAUAAGGUAAGAUAGUGUUUGUUUUGGUGGGGUGUUUUUUAAUACAUAUUAAGGAAAAAGCAGGUUGCGUGUUUACAUGGUUGGAGGGGGACAAACGGAAGUCUUGUUUGGACCGAAACCUCUGUAUAAUCCCUUAAAGUACUAAAUAUUUAUGGAUAAAACAGUGAAACAGUAUUUCAUUCUAAACAUGCUAAUGAAGACUUUUCCUGAUGCUAGUUUCCUAUCAACUCUCAAAUUCGAAUCACAUAACUUCAAGACUGAUUGAUAUAUUUUUUAUCUUUAUUUUGACGUCUGCUAAGAUAAUUACAAAGGACAUGUUUAUACGCCUUCACAUUUCCUGCUCACUUAAACAAUUAUAAUUGUGUGUGACGGACGUUACACUAACCGAGCACAUUGCUUCAAAUCCUAAUUUGUGGAAACGUUCUUUCAUAAAAUAUUUUAAAAGCUCAUAUUUUGUAAAGUGAUGUAUCGACAUUAUAAGAUGAGUAACAUUAAGUGUCAAAAUUAGUUUGGUGUAAGGGGUUUGAUUUAGCUUUGAAAUUAUGUUAUAUGUUUUGAUAUCUGAACCAUUAGGAAAAGCUUAUUUGUGAAUACAACUGGAUUUUUUUUUUCUGAAAAUUGGGCGUCUUAAUUAAUUUUGACCCUUUGUAUAAUGAAAUUUUAUUUUUCCUGUAAUAUCUCUUGAGCUAUGGAAUUACCCUAUUUAUUGUGUGAUUUGUACCUGUACUUACCAAUACUAUGUCCAAUAAUGGACGUUUCUCUGUACAUGUUUUCACAUUGUGAGUUUUAUAUUUUUGUGUAGGUUUGGUAUAUAUUGUUCAUCACAAUUGUAUAUAUAGAUGCAAUAACGUACCAAGUUUUAUUGAUCUAGGAAUUGUAUUUUUUUGACAAAUGAGCUAAACUCGAAAUCUUAACUUUGGUGCUAAAUGCAAACGUUGAUGCCGUCGCUUUCGUCAGAAAAGUAACACAGAAUGUCGCCCUUUGACUUGGUCAAAAUGAGACAAAACGUAAGAGGUUCCUGCAAUAGUGUUUCAUUUCGUAUCAAAAGUCUUCUCUCUAGUGUCAUAAUAGUUUUCACACGCAGGAUGCCAAUUUACAAUUAUUAUAAUUUAACGCACAGUUACCCAUGCAUAAGCAUUGUAAACUGUCGUUAGUCAUUUAAAGAUAAAAUAGUACACUUCCACAUCAUAAUGAAUUGAUCUGAAUUUUCUCAAUACUUAGUUUAAUGGAAGUGAGUUUGUUUUAGGUGCCAUGGUUCUUGAGAUACCUGUACAUGCAUCUCUGUAGCUGGACCCAUUCGAAUUUUGAGGCCAUUUUAAUAAUACUGUAUUGAUUGUCAAUGGACAUGGCUAGAUAUUGGUGUUAAAGUAAUAUGUAAUAGCACGAAAGCUAUUGAAUGCGAAUCCAAUAUUCUAGUAAAUUGUGGAAGAUCUAUUUGCUAUUUAUCUUGUUGUUGUGGUUAAUUUUUGUCUGCUGUUGUUUUGUGCUGUUUUUUUUUUCUUUUCAUUUGUUUGCUUUUACCAUCGUCGAUAUUGGAAUUGGGAGGGAGUUAUUCUUUAAAGAUGUUUCGGCAAGGGUCACGAGUGAAAUGUUCAUUUUCGACAUCUACCUGUCAAAUGCUAUUUUCUAGCAUCUGCAGAACAAAAACAAUUAAUUAAUUUAGAUGGCAAUGAUGGUUGUUCUAUAGCUAGUUUAUUCAUUAUAUAUAUAUAUAUAUAUACCAUUUACCAUUCUUUUGAAGAAUAGUCUACAUCAUGAAAAUGAUUUCUUGAUCCUUUCUUGCAUAUUUGAAUUACAUAAAUAAAAACAAAAGUGAAAACUG